AUGCGUCCCAGCAUCCUUUUGCUCGCCACUUUGGCGUCUUACGCCCUCGGUCUCCCAACUGAUGUCGACCGCCGGAGCAAGCAGAUGUCCCCCCGUACCUUCGGCCUUGACCUGCCUGCCAUCAUCGAAGCAUUCGCCAAGGGUCAGGUUACUGCCUCUUCCUUGACUGGCCUCAGCGCCCACGCCGCUGCUGCUCUGCAAGGAGCCGCCUACGGUUGCCAUUCGGGUGCUAUUGACAUUUCAGUCCGCACUGAGGUUGUGACCUGGCUCUCGUCUUUCCAUGCUGUUUUCUUCGCCCCUGAGGUGAGGGCUGCUUUGAUCAGCUGGUUGCAUGCUGGCGGUUCUGCCACUCUGUCCGUGGAGGUCGCUGGCAGCAUCUCCUUGUUUGUUCCCCUCUUCGCUCAGAUCGCCGCCGAGGAACAGCUUACCGCCACGAUCGAAGGUAUCGUCGGCCUGGCUGAACUCGUCAAGGGAGAAGUCGCCCUUGCCGCCGAGUUCCAGACUUCCCUCCUGUCAUUCCUCUCUGCCUCCGCCAGCGCGGCUAUUUCUGCUGAGAUCCGCCUCGCCUUGGGUGCCUGCGCCGCCGGCAAUGCCGUCACUGUUCUCUCCGCUGAAGUCAAGGCAGCUCUUCACGCUUGGCUUGUCAGCACUGAAUGCAAAUUGGAGGCUGAUUUGAAGGCCGCUGUGCUUGCUUGGCUUAAGGCCGAAGUUUCCACGGGUGUGACUGUCAUCGGUGAAAUCUCUGAAUCUGUUUCCCAGCUGGUGUCAGUUGCUGGUUACGUCGAAUCUCGUGUGCUCGCUACUGGAAUUUUGAUUGAGGAAGCCCAGGUCGCUCUGGCUGCCUGGCUGAAGACAAGCGUGGCAGUUGCUCUGGAGGAGAGCAUUACGAUCGGACUCGAAGCAUGCGCUAAGGGCGCCCUUGCAACCUCCCUGUCUGUCGAAGUGCGUGCCGCUCUCGCACUGUGGCUGUCUGGCUCAAGCUGUACCCUCAGCGCUGAAUUGAAGGCAGUUGUCUUGCUCUGGCUGUCGUUCGCUGCCAGUGUCAACCCCGUUGGUGUUGUAGCCAGCGAGGUUACUGAGAUUAUCACCUUCCUCGAGGGCUCCGUUGCCGCUAGUCUCAGUGCUGAAAUUCGUGCUGCUCUCUGGGCUAUUGUUUCCGGCGAGGGAUUGUCUGUCCUCACCAUCGAUGUUUGGGCCCAGCUGGCUGUUUUCCUCGCUGGCGCCGGCGGUUUUGACGUGAGCAUCUUUGGAGGUUUCGAGAUCAUCGUCUGGGGUUGGUUCAUUGGUGUUCCAUUCCCUGGCUGCCCAGGCAUCACCACCAUUAUGCCUACUCCCACUCCUACGGUUGUUCCCUCUAGUUCGAUUCCCGCAAUUCCCGCUACCAGCACUCCUGCUACUACCCCCGGUACUACCCCUGCUACUGUUCCUGGUACCACUCCCGGUACUACUCCUGGCAGCCCCAGCGUCAGCGUCACACCUACGUCCCCGGCAGGCUCCAUCACUGUUCCCGGCACUCCCAGCCCGUCCAGCACCCCGUGUGAAACCUUUACGUCGGAGUCCCUCAUUCCCAUCACAAAGGGCUCCAGCACUGUUCCCGUUGCGCCGAGCAGCUCUGUUCCCGUCAUUCCUGGAAGCCCUUCCGCUCCCGUUAGCAGCCCUGGCGUGACUCCUACUGUUCCUGUCGUUCCCGGUACCCCCAGCCCGUCCAGCACCCCUUGCGAGACUAUUACCUCGGAGACAGUCAUCCCUAUUGGCACAAGCUCUGCCACCGUCCCCGUCGUGCCCGGCACCUCUUCUGCCCCUAGUGGCCCUGCCGUGACACCCUCUGGCGUCAGCCCUACUGGCUCAACUACCGUUCCUGGCAGCCCUGUCGUGACAUCCUCUGGCGUCAGCCCUACUGGCUCAACUACCGUUCCUGCUGGCCCUGGUGAGACUUCGACCCCUUGUGAGACUGUUACUUCGGAGACCGUUAUUCCCAUUGUUACUAGCAGCCCCGCUGUUGGCCCAACAGGCACUGGCAGUGUCCCUGCUGGCCCGGUCACGACUAGCGUUACCGUUGGCCCUAGCCCGUCAAGCACCCCAUGCCACACCUUCACUGAAUCCGUCACCAUCCCCAUCAGCACUGUUACAGUUCCCCCUGGAGGAGUUAGCCCCUCCAGCACUGUCUCGGUGCCUGCCGGCCCGGUCACUGUUACGGUGACUCCUCCUACGGUGACUGUCACUGCUCCCGCUACGACGGUGACAGUAUGCGGCUGCGAGUAA